AUGGUUGACACUGGUGCCACUGAUACGCCAGCACAGGCAUCUUCUGAGCUCCGCUCGGGCCAUCUGGUUGAAGUCAAUGGCUUGGCGUCGGAGAGUGGGAAGCUGCUCAACGGCCAGCGCGGCCUGCUGUGCGACUUCCAGGCGACCGGGCGCUGGCAGGUGCGAAUCGGCGAGAAGCUGGUGAGCCUGAAGCCCGUCAAUUUGAAGAAGGCGGAGCUCUUUGUUUCAAUGCCUGCAGCGGCUGACGGUGUUGGUGCUGACGCUGCUCCCUCUGCACCGGCACAACCUGCACAGCCUGCACAGCCUGAGCAGCCUGAGCAGCCUUCGCAGUCGGAGAGGCGGAGCCGGAGCCGGAGCAGCAGCAGCUCAAGCAGCAGCUCCUCAUCUUCUCGGUCCAAAGUGAGGGAAGAGCAGGAGGACAGUGCUCCGUUGAAAACCGGGGAAGAGGUGGAGAUCUUCGGGCUGAGCUCGGACGCUGGCAAACCUUUGAAUGGCCAGAAGGGCGUGGUGACCGAAUUCUGCGUCGAGAAGGACCGCUGGGAGGUAAUGUUGUCCUUGGAGAAGGUCGUGAGCCUCCGACCUCGGAACUUACGGCGCACCAAGCCUCUGCCGGGGGCGGUGCCUGGGCGGCCUAUCAGAAGCCCAAAGAGGGAAGGGUCUUUGGCGUCGCUGCUGGGCAUGGGAAAGCCCGAGCCGGAGAACCCCGAGGCAAAGUCUGCGCAGUGGCAGUCUGUGUGGGCGCGGACCUCUGCUGAGGUCCGUGACUCCGCACCUGCCACCGCUGCGGCGUUGAGUGUGGAGCAGCUGUCGUACCUGCAAUGCUUCCAGUCCGAAGAGGAGAAGACGGAGCUCAAGCGGCGGCGGCGUGAGAUGAAGAUCCGUCGGGAGCUGGUGAUGCAAGGUAUCACAGACGAGGAGAUGGUUGUGGAGGUCAUCCGCCAGCGUGAAGAAGAGCGCAGGCAGGCCAUCCUCUUCCGCGGAGAGGCCGGGUCUGAGGGCAGGCCUGACAGAACUUUGCGGGGAUGGCCAACACGGGAUGGCCAUCCUGGCCCCGUGUUUUGGUUGCCAGUGCAGAUUUAG